AUGCCGAGUGCAGCCCACUGUGUACAGAACACCCACCCCAACCUCACAGAAUCAUCUGGUCCAAACGCCAAUAGUGCUGAGGCAUGCCUGGUCCUUCCUGUUCCCUCAGCGCAUUUCCUGGAGCAGGUUAAACAGGAGUGUCAUUUCUCCAACGGGACCGAGCGGGUGCGGUACCUGCUGAGAUACAUCUACAACGGGCAGGAUUACGUGCUCUUCGACAGCGACUUGGGGGAGUUCCAGGCGGUGACCGAGCUGGGGCGGCCUGAAGAGAAGGGCUGGAACAGCCAGGAGGACCUCCUGGAGCAGAAGCGGGCCAUGGUGGACAAGUACUGCAGACACAACUACGGGGUGUCUGAGGGAUUCCUGGUGCCCCUGCAAACUGAGCCCACAGUGACCGUGUAUCCU